UAGAAAGAUGUGCUCACUAUUUUGAUGUGUCAGAGUUUUCAGAAUUUGUUUUAUACAGUCAGUUAUAGUCAUUGACUUCUCAUGGAAGAACUACAAAAGCUCUUGCUGGAGAAGGAGAGGAAGUGUGAGAUCCAAAAGCGAAACACAACACCCACUGGAGAAAGUGUGUAUUGCCCAAUUGAGUGGGACAAAGCCUAUUGCUGGCCGUAUGUUCCAGCAGGCACCCUCUACAAAAUUCCGUGCCCGUCUUACAUCCACAAGUUUGUUCCAAGCGCAUACGCAACCAAAUACUGCACCGAAGAUGGCACUUGGUGGAAAAAUAGUGACAACGUUUCCUGGACUAACUACAGUAUGUGCAUCAAGUGGGACACGUCGGACACAGAUAGCGUUAGUUUGAAGCACCAUAUUUACACGAUUAAACUUAUUUCCAAAACUGGAUAUAUUGUAUCUUUGUCGACGCUUAUUGUAGCACUUCUGAUUCUGGCUUUAGUCAGGCGGCUUCGCUGCCCAAGGAAUAACCUCCAUAUUCAACUGUUCAUCUCUUUUAUAAUGAGAGCGUUGAUGCUUCUUCUAAAAAACGCACUAUUCGUAGCUGGUGUUGGACUCAGCAGCAACGUAAUAGUCAAAUACGAUGUGCCAGUUUUCUUGGAAAGUGAAAAUAAUGUGGACUGCAAAAUAUUCACCAGUUUCUGGCAUUAUUCUAUGAUGGCAAACUAUUGCUGGAUCCUUAUGGAAGGGUUAUAUCUACACAAACUUGUGUUUCAAGCUAUGUUUACCGACACUAGCGGAAUACUUAAGUACAUUUUUAUGGGUUGGGGCCUACCUAUCCCGUUUAUCGUCUCUUGGGUAGUGGUGAGAGUCAUCUUGGAAGACACGCUGUGUUGGACGACUCAUGAGAAUCAAGCCUAUUUUUGGAUCAUUCGAGCACCUAUUACUACUUUUAUUGUUGUGAAUUUCUUCUUCUUUAUCAACAUAACUCGUGUUCUAUAUUUGAAGAUGUUUUCUCAAACUUCUCAAGGUCGUCGAUAUCGUUAUAGAAAGUGGUUUAAAUCUACGCUGGUGUUGGUACCACUGUUUGGGGUCCAUUACGCUCUUCUUCUAGGAAUGUCCUUGGCUGCAGAUGUUAGUAGAAUAGUGGAAAUUGUAUGGCUCUACACUGACCAGUUCUUCUCAUCAUUCCAGGGGUUUUUCGUAGCCUUGCUCUACUGCUUCUGUAAUAGUGAGGUUCAACAGGAAAUCAAAAAAAAUUGGCAAAGGUGGCAACUCGCACAAGAACAUCUGGGAAGAACUCAAUCACUAUUCACAAAUUCUCUGACAUUUUUGAGUCGUGGAAGGAAUUCUAUCCAGUCUUUUCACUCGUGUACAGACCGUAAAAAUGGGUAUCGUCCUGCCACUCCUAUAUCCAGACAACGUUGUCGUGAGCAUAAGCAGGAAAACCAGCCCUUCAAUUUAUCCCCCGACUCACCUGUGGAAGGAAAUGAUUAUUCUACUAUAGAGAGAAAGCAUCUGCAAACCUGUGAUGAGCUUUGUCGUGAAGAUUGCAGAUAUAAAGCAAAUGCUGAAGUAUGUAGCGAGUUUGUAGGUCAUGAUAAAGAUGGAGAAACAGGUAAAAGGCCAGAAGAAUUAGAAAUGAAAACAAUAAAAAUAGUUGAUACGGCUGUAAACAUGGAAAUGAAAGAUCUGAAACUUGAUGAAGGUUCUGAAUGUCAAAGUUUGAAAGAAAAACGAACCAACUUGUCAGAAAGCACGGAGAUGGGUAAAAAUGGAGAGAUUAAAAAUAUUGAAGAGCUUGAAAUAAAAUCUGACAAAAAUGUGGAAGAUAGGGGCAUUGAAGAAAUCACAAAUAACGAAAUGCCUGACGAUAUCCAGCAGAAAGAAAUCGAAAUCAAUGAAACGCCUCUCGAUUGAAUGCUUGAUGAAGCCUAACUGUGAUCCAGAAUUGUCAGCAGGAAAGUGAUUCGAAAAUUUAAUAUCAAGAAUAAACAACAUUGGAUAGAAUCGAUCUUCAAUACAGAUAAAUGUGGGUGACAACCGUGCAUCCCGAAAUAAUGGUACUUGAAACCCUCAGUCUGAAUGUUACCUGUAAUCUUGCUUUGCUGAAGCGUCUUUCGAAAAUCAGUUUAGUUUCGUCUUUUUCCCCCUUCUUCUUGCAAAUCAGAAAUAAAUGAAGUCACUCGAUUGUAAUUAUUUUUCAAUAAGGAUCAAACACCUAGCUCGUAUUUCUUUUACACUACUGAUGUAGAGAUAAGUAUUCCAUGUGACUGUAACUAUAUUUGUACAAUAGUUGCGAGGACAAGCCAACGAGGUUAAAACAGUUUUACACUCCUCUCUACAGAUACGCGGCCCCAAGCGGCACAGCCGUUCCGCAGAAAUCUUGUUCACAGUAGCCAGAUGGGCAGACACACGUAACUGACAUCAAACUAUUCUUUGUGUGAUUAAGUAACUUAAAUAAAACCAAUUGGCGACACCCGUUUUUAUUCAUAAGACAAUUUUAUAACAUUCCCGCACAAAUAAAUCAUAAAAACAAGCUGAAAUAAUGAAACCCGCAAUAAUCUGUUUCACUUAAUCAAUAUUUAUGUGCCCUAUUCAUGUUGGUAGAAACGCCUGUAAGAUCUAAGAGUACAAAGAAGUAUCUAUAAUAGUGGCAAAUAGGGAAAAAAAAAACGAUAAAUUAUUCUCCCUAUACAACAAUUUUAAAAAUAUAUUUGCGUGUUAAGGUCUUACCAUGCUGCAGACGCAUUUAUUUACUGUUCAUAAAAAUGUCAUUAGAUAUCAUGCCUAUUUAUAGGUAAAAGAAUUAUAAUGUGAUAGAUUUCAAAAUUGUGAAGAAAUCUUAAACAUAAAUUUAGAGUGACGUUUUGUUGGAAGUAACAUACGACUCAAAGUUUCUUAAAAUGCUUUUAAAAUUAAAUUGUAUUUUUGUGUGUGUGUGUGUUGUGGUAAUCUGACUUGGAUCUCCUGUUAUUCUUUAUAUAAUUUCAUAUUUAUUCUGUAAACGAUAUUGUUCUCUGUUUAAUAUGCGUAUCUUUAUAACUUAAGUAAUCCACAAGUACUGUAAUAAUACACUUUCUAUAACAGUAAUUACUCUGAAACCAUCCAAGUAGGAUCCUUAGGGUUCUUAUUGUUAAAGCUUCAUUCUGGUUUGACUUGAAUCACUGAUAAAAAAAAUUAGUGAUCACGUAUACGUAUCCUGAUAAUGAGAUACGACUAGACAUUCUCUCAAACAUUGCAAUUACUCUUAGCAUUUGAAAUACCCGAGUAGCCGUAACUAAUUAAAUUGUACAAUACUCAACAUCCUUACUGGGUGUUUUUUAUUAACCUGAGGUAAAUUUUAAUUCUUAUGUGAGAUUAUCUCUCAAACUUUACACACAAAUAAACUUAAAACUACUGAAAGACGCCUAGUAAAAAACAAUAUGUCAUAAAAGUACAACCACACAACAUAGAACUACAGUUUCAGCUGUAAACCCACCAAACUGCUAUAUAAGCCUCAAAAUAAAACUACCCCCCAAAAAAAAACAACAACAUCAAAAUACAUGUAUUCGCUCAAAACGGUGUAUUUAUAGUCUGGCAUUCUCCCAAAUACAGCUUACAGUUUUAUUCGUCAAAGACCCAUGAAAUGAAGCGAAAAAAAGUAUCUCAUAUUGGUCAGGAAAUAUAUUUGUAGAAGUAUGACAGAAUUCAAAAAACAUCAGUAGUUCACCUAGUUUUAUUAAACGAUAGUAUAGUGCUGUUCUUGUUGUAUUUCUGGCGAAUAUAAUUACAUACUAAUGAAAAAUAGACACUACAUUGACAUCUGAAGUGUAUAUUUAGUGUUAUUAGAGCUAUUAAUAGUAGAGAAUAUUUAGUUUGCUAGUUAAACAUACGCCAUUCACUGCAUUUAUCUAAAGAUUAAAAUGUUAUU